AUGACAGCGGUUUCUCAGGGGUUCCCUCGCGCCGCUGUAAACCAGAUCCUGGAUGAGAAUGCACCCAGAUCCCCGGGCGAGCCGGCAGUGCCAGUCUCAGCAGCCCUGGCUGGCUCAUCGCCCGCCGCCGCUCAGGGCGCGGGUUAUCCGGCAGCUCUGCCGCCGGUAACGUCCGUCCGUGGCUCCCGGCACAGGCUCGCCGUUGGAGAGCCGUGCCCAGAGCAAGAGUUGCGCGUCGGCAGUUCGUGGCUGAGUGCCUUGCGUCACUCUCUAUACGUUGGUCAACAGUUUUGCACUGCAGACUUGAUAGCCUUGCAGCAAGAAAAAGAGGCUGCUCUUCAACAGUGCAAAAAAUUAGAAGAAGAAAUCCAGACAUUGCGUGUUUAUUACAGCUUAUACAAAUCUUUGUCCGAAGGAAUGAGCCUGAAGGACCAGUUGAACUGUACUUUUGGUACUUCUGAAGGUGGACUGCAAGGCAGGGAGGAUGUUGUGACCCUUACCUAUCGCCAGAUUGAAGAUCUGGCAGCUCAGCUGCAGCAAGCUCGGUCAGAGCAAAAGGACACGGAGCUGAAGCUCCAGAAAGCCCUAGAGGCUUCAGGGGAGGCCAAUGAAAAAGUUCAAAAGUUGGAAAGGCUGGUGGACGUCCUGAGGAAGAAGGUUGGAGCAGGGACCAUUAGGACCGUGAUCUGAUUGAAAGCUCUAGUCUAAGGAAGCAUUCACAUCUGGUGACCAGGCUGCUUCAUUCAGCACUGUGUAAACACUAAAGCCUUAACUUAGCAAACAGUUGUUAGAAGUGGGACACUCCAGCGACAUUCCAAGCUGAGAUAAAAUCAAAUCAUAAAUGUUUAACUACUUUGCUGCUGAGUUCUGUGAUUUGUUGAAAUGUUUCACUGCAAACAUAUAUUUGUUUUUAAGCAGAUGCAUUGUGGCACUGUGCACUGUGAAAAAUGAUGUAGAUGCUUAUUUUAACAGUCUGUCCUCUCGGUGUUGCUAGACUAUAGUCUGCUGCAAGGCGCAGCUUGGUCAUGUUUUCAAAUACUGCAGGCUUCAGGUGCAGAAUCCUGCAAAGCAGUUUCAAAAUUUAAAUCCCUUAUGUUAUUUCUGAGACUGCAAACAGUCCUGUAUUUGUAUGUUAAAUAAUUAUUAUAAUUGAUAAAGUAGGUU